AAAAACACAGCAUAGGAAAAAUAAACUCAUAGUCGACAAGAUGAACAGAAAACACCAUAAAAUGUCUGCUCUCGGUAGCGCCAUGCACAAUCACAAGAUCGAACCCAAAAAGUACUCACCUCAGGAGUACAGGGAGAAGAUCCUUAGUCUGUUUCCGCUUCCGCCGAGACCGGCAAAUAUGUGCCACGAUGCGUUCGUGAAGAAACUUCUCGAGCCAUAUGUCCUAGAGACCAAACAGGUGGUUCGAGCCGUAACGGUAACCCGCUAUUCCGUCGAGGAAGAAUCUAGUGAGGAUCCGAACGAGGCGUUCCGAGCGAAGAUGUACAAAACGAACUACUCGGCACGGGCGUCGGUAUACAUGGCACGGGCCACCUUAAUGGGUACCAGGAUCAGUACCAAGUCGAUCCUUAGUCCCGCACAACGAGAUUCGGCAGCCCAGACGACCCAAAUGUUCAAGGUGCGCUUUGCCAACCUGAUAUCGGACUUCCGAAACGUGUGCAUAAUCUACCAGCUGCUGCAGCUGCAAGAAAUCCUCAACGUGAUGCGGGAGUAUCCGCCAGCUGGCACCAAUCCCAAUGACACCAUCUUCGGCUGGUCCUGCAAGGGGAACCUUAAGCGCUUUGAACAGCAACCGAGCACUGUGUAUGUGGACAUUCUGGAGAAGAACAAACCGGAAGCCACGCUUGACGAUCUCAAGUUUUAUGUGGAUUUGGGAGAGCUGAUCGGUCUGGUACAGGCCCUCCUAGACGAUGUCAUCCACGACAGGGAUCUCUGUGCGCCCAACGGCUUCAUGGAGCUUCUUAAGGACACCCAAGUGGAUAUCGACAAGCUUAUAGCUCUGCCCUACGAGACAAUAAUGGCCGAACACGAUUCCUUAGUUGAGGAGAAGGAAAAAAAGAAUCGAGUGGGAAAGUUCCACAAUCCUAAAUUAACGGCUAAGCAGCGCGUACUUAACAAGGAACGAUUCCAGAUCGACUUCAUGAACCCAAUCGAAACGCGCUAUAAAGUGAAUUGGACCCACGAUAUUGUGGAACAGGGGCAAUACAUUGAUUUCCUGCGCUGCAAGGUGCUUUCCGAUGAGCUGGAAAAGAUUGAAGAGCUGACGAGCAAGGACUUGAGUGUGUGGAGGAGCUGCCACUUGGAGUACGUCACACUGAUCGAACAGUACAAGAACCGCAUUAAUAGGGUUCAACAAGCCUACGACGACGACAUGGAAACGGCCGAGAAUAAGUUGCAGGCGACCUUGAACAGAGUGAGCAAAUGCAAAGAGGACCUGAGGUCCUACCAGGAAAAAGUUGAGGACUUCCAUCUGAAAAUAGAAGAGGUGCGCGACAAGAUUGCCAAGGAGGUGGAAAAGGAACGUGCCCGUUUGUCAGCUGCACGAGUUUCUAAACGAAUGUCCAGGAUAUUGGCACGGCAGAAGGAGGAGCAGAAAGCUGCCGCAAAGCAGGCAAAAUUGGAUAAAAAGCUGGCAAGAAAAAACAAAAAAGCUGAGGAAUAGUGCCAUUCUUGCCCGAAGUAUAAAUGAUUAAAUCCUUGUCCCCUUCUUGGUUUUAUAACUCUUCGCCUACAAUAAAAUUUAUUAAUUUCAGAAA